UCAUUUACCUGCGCUUUUUAGCACGUGCAAGAUACAAGGAAACUAGAAUAUUAUAUAUUAAUGAUAUAGAUUUUGAAACAGUUAUAAUUCGUAGUCUGUCGUCUGCAUUGCAUUUGUUUCUGCUCGUUACACUUAUACUUAAUCGAUCUUUAUUCUUUGGUUUUGGUGAUUCAUACUUACAUUAUCAUAACAAUAAGAUCAAGGUUGAAACAGAUCGUUUUCGUUUAUUAUUCAUUUACUGUAACCAUGUCUAAGCACCUUGUCGACAUGGCAUUUAAGCAAAAGGAUGUCAUGUUCAACAUGUUGUCAUUAAAGCACAAGUUAUUAAUCCCAGAAAAAGAAUGUGAAAAAUGUGAACAGCAUACAAAUGAUUGGCUGAUAAUUAAUGUUUGUCACCAUACACUCUGUAUAAAUUGUGCAAACAUUCAGGAUGGUAAAAACUUUUGUCAAAUAUGCAAAGUCACAUUUGAUCCAAAUACACAAGUCAGUACAGUUACUGAAAUGAAAAUAGCGUUUUCUCAAGUUGAAGAUCUAGUGUGGAAAGUAAUUGCAUUAGAGAGUGGAACAUUGGACGAAUUAUAUCCUGAUGAAGAAUUUAAUAACAAAAUAAAACCAGAUAUGAUUCAUAUAAACUCAAUUAAAUCUUCAAUGCAAAACCAUUUAUCUAGUCCAAGUAAGGAAUCUAGUUUAAAUUUAUCUCAAUCAUCAAUUGAUUUAUUUGAAGAAAUUGAGGACAUUGGAGUUCCAGAACAAGAAAAUUAUAAUCAUCAGUCUAAUGGAUCUGUUUCUAUUUGUGUUAAUUCCAACAAAAAUAAUGAACUGGUAAAAUAGAAUUUUCUAUUAAACCCAUUGGCAGUGAUAAUUUAUUUAUUAUAUAA